GCAAGGGGAAUAGAAGGAGAGAGAGAGAGAGAGAGGGGGGUUGCAGCAAGGUAGGUGGGUGUACAGAGCCAGCGGUGGGGUAGGAUGCUACCAAAGAGAGGGUGUAAUGAUAUACAAGGCAGCAGCAGCAGCAUCCUUCCCAGCACAGCUUUCAGAAUCCGCAGCACUGAUUCAUAAAAGGAUGAAUCCCACUCCCAGCCCUGACAUAUGAGCUUUGCUGGGGGAGGCUAGGAAAAGGAAAAACCUUUGGGAUCGGAACGUACAACAUCCAAUCUGAUAAGGUAACACUGCAAUUUCUACAUAGGUUUGGGGGGACGGCGUGGAAGCUGUGACUGGCGUGAAAGAAGAAGAAUUUUGGAUAUGGGGUGGUCAUAAAGAUUCUCUUUUCUUCUUCAUGGUCCAUCCAUGACAGGUCCUUCCCAGCAGACAUGGGUUCCGUGGAUGAGGCAGAUGACCAGCAGCACCUGCAGGCCGGGAUGGAGCACUCCCAGGAUGUGGUGGGGGGCGACGGGCAGUACAGCUGGGCCGCGCUUUGGAAUAUAUUGACCAUCGGGGGCAGCAUCUGCCUCCUUGUACUCUCACAGAUACUGGAUCUAACAACCUUGCAAAAUGGAUUCUGGAAAAUCGAGAUGUCUGGCUUUGUGUUGGUGAUCAUCUUCUUUGUUGCGGCGCUCAUCGGUACCAUGGUUUGGUACCUGAAGUCGCACAGUGGACCGGCCCUUUCGGACGAUCGCCGCCAAUCCGUGAGCCGGCAGCCCUCCUUCACUUACUCCGAAUGGACGGAUGACAAAGUCGAGGACUUCAUGGAUUUUGACCCUAUCCCGGACACCCCCGUUUUCGAUUGUCUGAUGGAUAUUAGGGGGGAUUUUGACCUGGGGACGCUCAGCGUCAAACCCGUGGGCCUCCAGGAAAGGCGUGGCUCCAACGUGUCCCUGACCUUAGACAUGUGCACACCCGGAUGCACAGAGCCCUAUGGACAUAUCAUGUCACCCAGGGAGCAGUCUACCCGGGAAUAUCUCCAAACCGCCGGCACCAUCCUCACCCCUGACGAGCUACACGAGAAAGCCCUGGACUCUUUUAACCUUCAUAAGGAGUUCUUCGAGAUCCCCAUGAACUUUGUUGACCCAAAAGAAUACGAAAUUCUCGGUUUGGUCCGAAAAAACAGAUACAAAACCAUACUCCCAAAUCCACAAACCAGAGUGUGCCUUAUAUCACCAGACCAAGAGGACGACCCUCUGAGUUCCUACAUAAACGCCAAUUACAUUCGUGGUUACGACGACGAGGAGAAAGUUUAUAUUGCCACUCAGGGACCCACAGUGAACACCGUCGGAGAUUUCUGGAAGAUGGUCUGGCAGGAACGUUCCCCCAUUAUCGUCAUGAUUACCAACAUCGAGGAAGUCAAUGAGAAAUGUACAGAAUACUGGCCAGAGAAACAGGCUACAUAUGAAGGAAUAGAAGUCACAGUGAACGACAUCAUUCCAGAUGAUGACUAUGUGCUGAGAAUCAUGACUUUAAAGAGUGGCGAGGAAGAACGGACCCUGAAGCAAUUCUGGUACACCUCGUGGCCAGAUCAGAAGACGCCAGAUCAGGCUCCUGCUCUCUUGAAACUGGUGGAGGAUGUGGAGGAGGCAAGGCAGAAGGCGGAGUGGGAUGUCGGACCCGUCAUUGUACACUGCAGUGCAGGGAUUGGAAGAACCGGCUGUUUUAUCGCUACCACAAUCCUGUGUAAGCAGCUGAAGAAUGAGGGGGCAGUGGACAUUCUGCGGACCACCUGCCAGCUACGGUUAGACAGGGGAGGAAUGAUUCAAACCAGCGAACAGUAUCAGUUUGUCCACCAUGUCCUGAGCUUGUUCGUCAAACAAAACUGCUGCACCGUAGAGGAAUAGGCCUGGACUUUCAACGUGACCCGACUUGGGGGAAACAAAAAAACAAAAAAAAACACAAAGCUUCAAAUGCGUCCAGUGUAGCUAAACAACGAACGGUAACUCUACGGUCUAAACAGAGACUUUUAUGUGUUCUAUUUUAAGGGCAGGUCCGAAAGACCAUCUUUAUCUCGGCAACGUUUAGGACCCGACAAAAAACGCCUUUGAGUUUCGACGUUAUUUCAUGACAUGGGACAUGAGCUCACCAAAAAACUAUUUCUACUGUAAAUAGAAAUUCAGAUCCGUUUGUAACAAGACUCUAUAGAGAAGGAAAAAAAAAAAGAACAAAAAAAAUUUAACAUUUGUGCUUUUAAGUUUACUAUUUUUCUGGGAGUAGAAAAAAAAAAAGAAUAAUUAUAACUUGCUUUUGUCUGCAGUGUUGAACUUUCCAACAUCGAGCAGUCAUGUAAUGUCUUUAUGCCGAUAAAGUACUUUUUUGCCUUUUUCUGAA